AGUAAACUACUACUACUACUAUUACUACCGUUACCACACUCCUGAUCACACUGCGCUGAUCGUCGCGCAUCACGUGGCAAGUGGCUUUAGCUGUCUGCUGUAUUUCGAUUCAAGGAUUUCAUUCGGUCAGUGUUCCGCUGCCCGGUGAUAAAGGAGUAGCAGUGCCGUCAUGACGGAGAGGCAAAAUUCGCUAGAGGACAUAACGGAUCUGCAGGACACUGUCACUCCGUUUGGAGUGCAGCUGAGAGCGAAAUACAAGAGGACUGGCGCCUACUCAACGUUCAAUGAUAGAGUACCAGUGAUUCUGACACGUGUGAUAGACUCGCUGAGUCGUGACAAGGAUGAAAUCGUUAAGAAGUACGGAAAGUCGUCGGCGGAAGACGUCAAGCAGGUGAUAGGGUACAUCAGUAAACUGAAAAACGAGAUUGUCACCAACAAGCCGUUGAUACCAUUGAUUUGCGUACCCGACGAAAGCCCUGAGGAUAAGGAAAACAUAAAAAUGUGGAACGACUAUCUAGAGGAGCGGACAAAAAUUGAGGGAAAAGUACCCACUUGGUAUAACACGGUGGUGCUCUACGCCGAAUGCUACUCGUACCGAAGAGUCAUAGAGGGUUUCAAGCUUACGAAAACCUUGCGCUCCUACGAUCCUUUCGCUAAACUGAAAGAAGACUCCUUUGACGGUUCUACAGCUAGCGCCAUUGCUGUAGCAAAUUACACUCUGGGUCAGGUCGAGAGAGCGCAGCAGGCCUCUUCGGCCGAGCUAAAACAUGAGCUGGCUAAGUUCCUGAGAUUAUCACUAUGGGGCAACAGAUGUGACCUGUCGCUCAGCGGUGGAGCUGAGAAUGGCCAGAUCGGAAACCCUCUCGAGCUCUUAAAUGCUCUUGAGAAAGACUUGCUAGUAGACGACUCGAACUUCGUCUGGGACGUGCUGACCAAGGCUCAAAAGAAAGGUGGCCAGGUAUUGGUCGAUAUAGUGCUGGACAACGCAGGCUACGAACUAUUCACAGACUUGUGUUUAGCCACCUUCUUAACCGCUCACAAUAUCGCAAACAGAAUACGUAUAUAUGUGAAAGACUCGCCUUGGUUCAUCAGCGACGUAACUACCAACGAUUUUCACUGGAUGAUCGAGCGCAUGAACGGGCUAUCGAAUCCGGAUCUAAACCAGCUUGCAAAAUUGAUCAAGGGUUAUCUCGAGAGCGGAGCAUGGUCUAUUGAGGAGGACGCGUUCUGGACAACCCCAUUUCCUUUUAUGGAAAUGUCCCAAAGGGAUCCGAAGUUGUACGCCAAACUAUCGGAAGCAAAUUUACUCAUUGUCAAGGGCGAUUUGAACUACAGAAAAUUGGUCGGGGACGUUAACUGGGAAUACAGCACAAACUUCCUCGAAGCGACCAAAGGAUUUUUACCGACAAAUUUCGUCAGCCUGCGUUCCAUCAAGUCGAACACGUGUUCAGGAUUGAAAUCUGAACAAGGCCAGUAUCUCGACAAAAUAGACCCCUCCUGGAUGCUCAGCGGGCAAUACGGUCUCAUUCAAGGAACGAUCGACGCCUGCAUUUGCAGUAAAACAAGUUCUUGAUCCCCUCCACCCUUAGUUCAAUAAUAAAAUAAUUUAAUUGUAGCUCAUCAUUGGCGUUGUCAAGGUUUCUCAGCUCCACAAAAUACGAUCAAACUUCCAUCGAUGUUUAUGGAUAAAACAUUUUGCUGUCGCAUAUAAUUUACUCGUAAAACUCACUCUACUUACGGUUGUUUUACAAAUUAUACAUUCAAUUACGGAAAUUGUAAAAUUCAGCGAUAGUCAACCUGGUCCCUACCGCCCACUAGUGGACCUUCCAGUUUUCAUGGUGCGCGGUAAGGGUUUUGUCCGACACUGAAACACUUUCCUUUUCUUUUUCAAUUUACUUGAAUUUUCAAAAACAUUGUUAUUGGAAAUUUUUUAAAGUAAAGCUAUUUCCCUACCUUAUAAGUCACCAUUGCCGUGGAAUCUGUAGGUGGUUAGAAAAUUUUACUACUAACAGAGAUACAAAAGUAUGUAUAAAAAGGUUGACUACCCCUGAUUGUAAACAAUAAUCAUCUCUGUAUAAAUUUAUGGCAAUUUUUGUACAUUGGCGUGUGUGUCAACUUUUCACAUCUCGAAUAGCACAAAUUUCUAAACUGCACCUUACACGUCCCAAUUUUAAUAUAUUUAUUUUAUUGUAAAACUUGAUAUCAGUGGAACAUUUGAUGUUAAGUAAAAAGAUAAUCAUAUAAAGCUAUUAUAUAUUACCCGUUAUCUUGAUUCACAACAAACAUUCGGCAUUAAAGUAAAAAUUUCACAACUCA